CUGCGGGGGAAAAGAGCUAGGAAAACUGCAAAGCGGUGUGGGCUUUUUCCUCUUUUUUGCUCCUUCUAAUUACCCUCUCCUCCGCUUGCAUCCUUCUCCGGGCUUCACGCCGAACCUGCGAAUUUCGAAGAGGUGGUUGGAGAGUGGGAGAAAAGAGGUGUUAGGGUUUUGGAUUUGAGUGUUUUUUUGGUUGUUAUUGUUUUGUUUUUUCUUGAUUUCAACAGUUUCCCUACCCUUGCGCCUGCAGCUGCCGCUUUCUACCUGUUCCGCGGCAGCAGCGCGCCGCUAGCCGCUGGCGGUUAGAAAGGAGCAGGGUGUACUUUAGAUUUUAAACAAAAUUUUUGAAGACAAAUCCACUUUUCUCCCCCCACCCCGUCUCCUCCACAGCCUCCGAGCUCUUUAUUCGGUGGUUGCUUUGGGGUGGACAAUUUUUGGCUUUUCCCCCUGCAGUUCUGACCAGGUCCGGCUUGGGGGUUGUUUGUCCAGCCCCACACCCAGGGCGUGCACCUGGCGCUGCUCUUUUGCCCCCAACCUGUUGCAAGUCUUUCAUCCUUGUAACUGGGACUUGCUUGCAGGCACCCCAGCCCUCUAACUCUCCCCACAUUUUGCAAUUGUCUGGGCGAGGGCACCUGCCGGCUCCCUCCUGGCCGCUUUCUCCCUGCUCUCUCGCUCUCCUGCCCCGCCCCAAGGUAAAGGGAGAGAUUUGAAGAUGGUGCUCACCGCUGUCCUACUGCUGUUGGCUGCCUUUGCGGGGCCGGCCCAGGGUCUGGGCUCCUUCGUGCACUGCGAACCCUGCGACGAGAAAGCCCUCUCCAUGUGCCCCCCUAGCCCCCUGGGCUGCGAGCUAGUCAAGGAGCCCGGCUGCGGCUGCUGCAUGACUUGCGCCCUGGCCGAGGGACAGUCGUGCGGCGUCUACACUGAGCGCUGCGCCCAGGGGCUGCGCUGCCUCCCCAGGCAGGACGAGGAGAAACCGCUGCACGCCCUGCUGCACGGCCGCGGGGUUUGCCUGAACGAAAAGAGCUACCGCGAGCAAGUCAAGAUCGAGAGAGACUCCCAGGAGCAGGAGGACCCGACCACCUCUGAGAUGGCCGAGGAGACCUACUCCCCCAAGAUGUUCCGGCCCAAGCACUCUCGCAUCUCCGAGCUGAAGGCCGAGGCUGUGAAGAAGGACCGUAGGAAGAAGCUGACCCAGUCCAAGUUUGUGGGGGGAGCUGAGAACACUGCUCACCCCCGGGUCAUCGCUGCGCCUGAGAUGAGACAGGAAUCUGAGCAGGGCCCUUGCCGCAGACACAUGGAGGCGUCCCUGCAGGAGCUCAAAGCCAGCCCUCGAAUGGUGCCCCGUGCCGUGUACCUUCCCAACUGUGACCGCAAAGGAUUCUACAAGAGAAAGCAGUGCAAGCCUUCCCGUGGCCGCAAGCGUGGCAUCUGCUGGUGCGUGGACAAGUACGGGAUGAAGCUGCCGAGCAUGGAGCACGUGGAGGGGGAUUUUCAGUGCCACGCCUUCGACAGCAGCAAUGUUGAGUGAUGCGUCCCCUCCCCGUCCUCCCCUCACCCGAUCCCACCCCCAGCCCCAACUCCAGCCAGUGCCUCCCUCCACCCCAGGACGCCACUCAUUUCAUCUCAUUUAAGGGAAAAAAAAUACAUAUAUCUAUCUAAUUGA